UUUUUAAAUUUAACAAUUUUAGUUGAAAAAAGACAACAAUGCCGCCAGUAAAUGUUGACAAUCUUAUGCGAGAACUGAGUAUUGACCAAUUGAUUCAGGUUCAAACUAAACUGAGAAAUGAAACAGAAAAUAAACGUGAAGAUCUUCGUCAAAUGGUUGGUCGACGUUAUAGAGAUGUUUUGGAUGCAUCUAAUGCUGUUAAAAGAUUAACUGAAAUAGCUUCAGAACUUUCAAUUUUAUUAAAUGAUACAAAACGUUCUUUUUCUGCUCAACAAAAUUCUGAUUCAACUUAUGAAUAUACAAAAAGGGCAGUAGUCAAUGCUGGUCGACGUCUUUUGUUGUUACAUACACUUUUACCUCUUAUUGCUUCAACUAGCGACCUUUUAACUCGUUCCUUUGCUCUCUGUAUAGCCGAAAACCUUCAAAGACAGCUCCAAACUGAACAACACCAUCUACUUGUCAAAAAAGACGAGAAUGUUCCUUUACUUUUGUCUCUUCUCUCUGAACGUUUAUUUCAAUCAAGAAUUGAACUUUUAAAUGAAAUUGGGGAGGAUAUUGGGUUUGAAGUAGAUUGGCGUUCUGUUACAACCCUUUUGGCUGCUCAAGCAUUGUUAAAACCUCGAAUGGAUGUUUCUGAAUUAUUAAAACUUUAUUUGGAAUCGAGAAUGAAAAUAGUUUCUCAAGUCCUUCACCAACCUGAUUCUACACUUCUCGGUCUAGUUCGUCAUAUAAAAGAUACAAUACAGUGUGUUGAACAAACAUUUGGAAGAGGUCAAGGUUUUCUUUCAGCAAUUCAAUUUGUUACAAAAAAUGGUUGGGCGCCAGAAGAGAUAAAGCAACUAGUAGAAGAUCAGCCACUCUCAACUAGUCGAAUUCUUGAGAAAGAAAUUGUUUUGGUAAAUGGGGGAUGUGUUGAAAAUAAAUUUAAAUUGCAAGAGAAAAGUGUUAUUCAACGAGCUUUUUCUGAAUGGAUUAAUGAAGUUUGUUCAAUUGCACGUGACAGAGUCAAAGCAAUGUGUAAUCACUUUGAACGAGUUGAACAGGCAGUAGAUUUUACUGUUGCAGUUGGGCACAUUUUCAAAACGGAUUGGUUAACAACAAAUUCAUUUAUUGAAGAGGACGGACACGAAAAUAAUUCAAAUACAUAUUCUCUUAUUUAUCGACAAUUAUUUGACACAACUUUGUUAGAGCGUUUUAAUCAACUAAUUAAUGAAGAAUUAAUUUUACUUGAAAAGAAAUUACAUUCAAAAUUGCCUUUAAUUAAUUGCAAACCACAAAUGCCGUUUCAAAGGAGUGGAAUAGCUGCUGUUAAAUUCGACCCUCAACUAGCUUCAGGAAUUUCAACAGAAUUACAAGAAUUAGUUUCAGAAUUUAGUGAACAAUUACUUUUAUUACAAAAAAAUGUUUAUAAAUAUACAAAUGUUGGGCAAGAAGAAAAUGUUGGGGAACUUUAUAAUGUUUUGGCAGAAAAAGUUCUUUUAAUGGUUGAAAGAUUAACAAAUUUUUCUGAAUGGGAAAUUAAUUUAAUUAAACCAAUAACAGAACAACAACCAACAAAUUUUGAAGAAAAUAAAAAUUCUUUAUUUUUAUUUAAUAAUAAUAACGAAAAUAUAAUAACAACGAGAGAAUUAAGAGAAAAAUGGCUAUCUAUUUUUCAUUUACUUUUGGCAUUAGUACAACAUGAACCUUCUAUUUUAUGUCAAUGUAUGAAUCAUAAUUUGGAAAGAAUUGUGAAUUGUAAUAAAUUGUUACACAAUGCUACUGAAGAGGCUCUUUGUCAAUUUAUGAAUUGUGUAAUUAAUGAACAUUUUCGUGCAAGUAAUUUAUAUUCACAAUUGUUAGAAAAUGUUUUGAGUUGGUAUGGGUGGAUGGAUAUUUUACAGGAACCAGAACAUGUUAAACUUUCUGAAACAGUUGAAAUUCUUGUGCCAACACAAAUUUCUUCUCAUUUUUAUAUUCUUUUGACGGAAAUUUGUUCAGAAUUAAAUCAAAAUUCUCUUGGACAUUUAUUUACUAAAAAUGUUACUUUACACGUUUCUAAACAAAUUGGCCAUUUAUUUACUCUUAUACUUCAACAAUGUUUAAAUAAUUGUGCUUCAAUACCAGCUAUUUGUGUUCAAUUAAUUUUUGAUUGUAAAGCAUUCUUUCAAAUGUUUCCAGAUAAACAAUUUUUGGAAAUUAGUAAACAAAUUGAAUCAAAAAUGGAUCCAAUAGAAAUGAAUAUAUUACAUGAACCUUUACUUAGAAAUGCUAAAUUAUUUGCACAACGAACUGCUAUGAUGUUUGGUCAAUUACAAUCAGAACCAAUAACUGCUUUUAACAAAGAAUCCCAACUUGAAGAAAGUUAUAGUUCUUUAGUUGACCUUAUACCACGCGUUCAGGAUGUUCAACGUUUGGCACAAAUUCCACGUCUUUCCAAAUUUCGAGAUUCAACAAAUCAAUGGAAAGGUGAAGAAAACGAAAAUAAAAAUUUAUCAAUUACUAAACAACAAAAAAGACAAUCAUCAAAAUCCCCCCAACGUUUUGAAGGAAUUAAAGGACAACAGCAAUCUUCUACUUCUUCAUUUUCUUCUCUUUAUGACAAAAUUUCUACAAGCUGGUUUAAAACUUGA